AUGGACUUCAAUGGAACAUGGCAGGUCUAUGCCCAGGAGAACUACGAGGAGUUCCUCAGGGCCAUGGAACUUCCAGCAGAUGUCAUCAAGAUGGCCAAAGAUAUCAAGCCAAUUACUGAGAUCAAGCAGAGUGGCAAUGAUUUUGUUGUCACCACCAAGACCCCUGGAAAGACUGUGACCAACUCCUUUACUAUCGGCAAGGAGGCUGAUAUCACCACCAUGGACGGCAAGAAGCUCAAGUGCGUUGUCAACAUGGAGGGUGGCAAAAUGGUCUGCAAAACCGGCAAGUUCUGCCACAUCCAAGAGCUCAAGGGAGGAGAGAUGGUUGAGACUUUGACCAUGGGCGCAACAACUCUUGUCAGGAAGAGCAAAAAGAUGUAA